AUGCUUCUCAAAAUCAGCCCGGACAGCCCAUCCUUUGGGGAACAUUUUCACAGCAUGGAAAGUCUGGACCGUUACAGUUCUGACAUGGACGGCAUGUCGGUCAGCACGGAUGAACAGUCUACUGCAGACAUACCCAUGAGUGUCUCCGGGCAGCACCAGGAGUUGACUGACCAAAAGUCAUAUCGCCAUCAGGAUGGGGCAGUGACGCCCAAGAAGAAGCGCAUUAGAAAGACCAGGGCUAAAGUGAAAAGUCCAGAGGUGAUUCUGAAACUGAAGACUAGUCGACGCCAGCGCGCUAACGAUCGAGAGAGAAAUCGAAUGCAUGGCCUUAACGAGGCCCUUGAAGUUCUGAGAACCACUCUUCCCAACUCUACAGACGCCAAAAUGACCAAGAUUGAAACACUACGUUAUGCCUGCAACUACAUCAGCGCUUUAGCGGCCAGCGUGAAACUGCUGGAACAGAAUAAGGACAGGCAUGAUUUUGGGAGCGAACUGCCCAAUCCAGAUGACUACGCUUUUAUGCUGAACUUUCAAUACAGCUCAGAGAAUAUAGACGAUCUAUCUCGAAGUCCACACUGUUCGUUGGCAUCAAUGCAGAGAAACAGCUGCGAAGAUGAUGACGGAAAUUUCGGGACUCAGAUACAUCCAAGAGUCUCACAGGCGCCACGCAUUGAAGGCAACAUCCACCAUAUGCCAGCAUCUCAUGCUCAAAUUAUCCCCAGUAUCAACUCCAUGGAUAUUCCAUCAAACACAGACUCUUUUCUAUUUCAAGAGGAAGUCAUUUUCCAGCAAUCACACAACAGUAAUCUGAGCGCCAAACAACAGGAUCAGAGGCAACUUCAUGGCAAUUCAAACAUGCAGCAGUUUUCCUGUUUUCUCAAUACCGCAAAUAAAAACCGCAUCCCCAGCCCAACUUUUGACAAUAUGCUAAACUCCAUGAGCAACAGAUAUGAGUCAUUUUACGACACCCACUUCAAUUCCAUCUCCCAACAGGCUUUGACCACAUCUCUUCCGUACAACACGCCACCUACUUCACCAGAAAGCACUAAACAAAGUCCACGUCAUCAUCAAGGCAACCACCAACCACACCAUCACCAACAACAACAACAACAACAACAACAACAACAACAACAACAUCGCACCAAUCAAAUCCCUUUGGCGUCUUUAAAUCACAACAAUUUUCUUUUCCAACAACAACAACAACAGGAUCUCCAUCUCCAGCACAAACUGCAGCCCUACGCCAACAGCCAUUCAAGUGGUAACCAGAGCUUGUCAUCGUCAGCGAUGGCCAUGAUCUCAGCACAGUUUUUAUGA